AUGACCGAGCCAAGCCACCAAAUGAAUGCUGCAGGCCUUUCCGAAGCCGACCAGAACAUUAACAACACGACCGAAGAUAUCAGCAAUAAGGCUAGCGGACACAAGGCGAACAUCAGCAACCCAAAUACGAGUCAGGAGUCGAAGGAGAAAUCCAAGCAGGCACUCAAGGAGCUUGGUGGCGAGAACGCGUUCUACGGAAAGCAAGGUCAGGGCGAAUAA